GUUGAUCUUACUACUUCUGUAUCAUUGUUCAAGAGAUCAUAACUUUUUGCAGGUUACUGAUACUUUCUGGAAAAGUAGGGAUAUUGGAUGGAAGCACGGCAUAAUGAUUGAUGAAAACAGACAACACUGGAAGUGUAUGUAUUGUCACCUGACUAGGUAUGGUGGUGGUGUGUCUAGACUCAAACGGCAUCUUGCUGGUGAUUUGGAUGUCAAAAUGUGCCCAAAGGUUCCAGCAGAUGUUGCUGAAAAUAUUAGGGAACAUUUGCAGAAGAAAAGAGAGAGACGAAAGACGCGAGCUGCACAGAACGGUGUCAACAGUGUGACCAGGAGCUCUGCUGAUGAUACCAAGGCUGAGAAGGAUCCUUUACCUGUUGACUUAGAGGUGCCAACUCGAAUAGACACUUACAUUCUUGAAGAAGGCACUAACCUGACAAAUGCGGAUCAUCAGGAGCCUACCAUUUUUAGGCCUCCCUUGUUGCUACGAGGGGUAAGGGAUAUUGGGUGGGAGCAUGCGGUGGAUCUUGAUGGAAAUAAAAAACGGUGGCAGUGCAAGUGGUGUGAUUUAUGUCGAAGUGGUGGAGUAACUACAUUGAAGGCUCAUCUUACUGACAACAGCUGCCCGAAAAUUCCAAUGGAAAUGUCAAAGCAAGUGUUGCACUUCGUUGAAGAGAAAAGAGCAGCACGACAACUUUUUAAUAGGGACCCAUGGCCCCCUUACAAGAAAAUUGAUGGGGUUAGUCUUUUUUGCUCAGAAGGGAAAGAGGAGGGGACUGGAUCAUAUAAGAAUGGUCAGCAACCUUCAAAUAAUGGUAUGCAUAUGCAAACAUCAGGGAAUUGCACUAUUGACGAGUUGGCAGCUCGAAGCAACCAGUGUGGUACAGAACAUAGUGGCCAACCAGUUGAGGAUUAUGAACAGUCAAAGAAAGGCAGUUAUUGGGCAGAGGAGCAGUUGCCAAUCGAGAAUGGCAAGCACCAUGUACUAAAUAAUGAGCACCACAUUGUUGACAAGAACAAUGGGAAUCCACAAAACAGAGAGAAGUUGAACUUAGAGUGUGAUAACUCAAUACAAGGUGCCGUAACUACAUUGAAGGCUCAUCUUACUGGUAAGAGCUGCCUGAAAACCUGGGAUGUUCACUAA